ACCAAGGUCGAUGUGUAUUAUUGUAUUCAACGAUCGAGUUUACUAAAUAGAUAAUAUAAUACAUAGUACAGGACAUUCACAACAUUCUUAAAGGUAAUACGACAGAUGUGUAACGCCAGUAUGUUACUAAAUCUACUGAAGGAAUAGGAGGCUUACCAGUUACUUAGAUUGUGGCGGGGGGAUAGUUGUCAACGGAUUAUCAUUACUCAUUCAAUAAGUUUUGGAUCUAUCAUUGAAUCGUGUACAAGUACGAGAAAUUCAAGUUUAUUAACGUGGCAAGGGUUAUAGUUGAGAAAUAUGCUUUGAGUAAGAUCGUACAAUAGAGAAACGGACAGAAAUAGAAGGUGACAUUUUAUUUAUUUUAUCAUGUCUUCGAUAUAACUUGCAGCGAAAUUGGGUAUUUAUUGUAAGCUAGUUAUUUUGAUUUUAAUCCACGAUGUUGACAAAGUACAGAGGUAACGGUAGUUCUGCACAAAAUGUGCGAUUUAAUUCGGGUUUAAAUCGGACCUACAGUGAUAGCAAAAGUCAUUUAAGAUAUUCCACCGAUCAGCUAGGCAGAGAUUUUUCACUUCAAAACUACUCCGGCGGUGUGUAUAAUUCUUCUAAAAAGCGGUACACCGACUUGGAUGAUCAUUCUACUAGCCGAGGAUAUAGUACGUCAUAUCCCAAAGUACAUCAUGGUUCCAGUUAUGAUGAUCUCAAUCAUUAUCGGAACGGGUCUUAUUUGACGGAAAAUGGCGGAAAAUAUAACAGUUAUAUGGAUUUGUCAUACAGAAAAGUUCCAGAUACAUGGACCCAUCGCGAUCCCGUCGGAAAAGAUGUCCUGGAGCCCAGACUUACCAAAGGUAUAUUGAAAAAGAACCAAGCAUUUUUACGACGACAUUUGGUCUUGUCCAGGAGUGUCCUGGACCAAUUGGUUGAUGCUGGUUUAAUCGGUGAUGUCAUGAAGAGGAGAAUUUUGCACAUGGAUGCCAAUUCUCAGGUACCAGAAGUCAUCAGAUUGUUAGAUGAUCGUGGCCUGGGAACAUUACGUAAAUUUCUUAAAGUUUUACGAGACACGGGUUCUGGGUGGAUUGCAGAUGUUCUGUUAGACACAGAUGCUAUCGAGUACGAGGAACUACAGCGCGAGGAGGGAUUUGAUCCGAGGGAACAUUACGAGAAUCGAUUGGUCAGAUACAACCAUGGCGCAAUGAAGAGGUACGACAGCGCUGAUGAUUUGACAGAACGCCACCAACCUCGAAAUUACGGUUCAUAUACUGCCAGAGCCCCAAGUCCAGACUCCAUUAGGUACCCCAGAGUUCCACUAUAUGAUCUUCUUAAUAGCAAACGAAAAAUCCAAUCCGACAUUAAAGGAAGAAUUCGUCCGGGAUUCUUUUUGUCUGGAGGUGCCGAUCCGAUGACAUAUCGUGGAAAUCAAACGGACGAGGUUCCAAAAAUUCUGACUGGUCUUGAGGGUCAUUUUAAAAGCCAGACGGAUGAUAACGAAGUGGCAUUGUCGUCUUUGAAACAGGAGGAAAUGGCAAUUCGAGAAUUAAUGGAUCAGAACCGCCGCGAACAACAAAAGGUCAGGAAAAACCAAUACACGUUGAUGGAUAUCGGUCAAAAGUUGAAAGAAGUCAACAUUAGAACAAACGAGAUUCAUGAUCCGGCCAAGAAUGCCGCCGUCUCAACAUACAGACUGUCGCAGUUGAAUCAAAUACCUUGGGCUAGUGGUAGAUAUUAGGAACCCAUUCAUACGCAUUUAUGUUGAACCUCUUUAUGCCGCAUCAAUUUACUGACAUUUAAAAAAUUUCGUGUUAAUUAUACUACCCUUCAUAGCAAAUAAUGUACAAUGUAGAUAGUUUACAUUUUCUCACCAUAUAUUUACAAUUUUAUUAUAUCUUUGUUUCAUAUGGUUCUAUUCUAGAAUCCUGUAGGCCUAAAUCUAUAAUGAUCGAAUCUGAAAUAAGAAUAGUCUUUAUGAAUAAUUUGAACAACAUUGAGAAGCGGUGAGUGGACCUACUAAAUGAGGAAAAUAGAUCUGGUUCAGCGGCAACUGGGCAAGGAUAUUACUUUCUCGGGCUCGGUCACUUUUGAUUGAGAUCUAAUUACUUUCUCUGUGUUAUUUUGUGAUGCCCGGAUUGAUCAGUAGUAGUUUUCCCGAAGCCCUCGAACACAUAUGGCCUGGUCAGUGUGGCCACUUUCGCUCUACUAACACGGAUUUGUUUUGACAUCGUCCAUAUAUUCGGUUUUAAUAAAGUGCCUUCGUCAUUUAAUUUCUUUUAUAAGAAUUUCACAAGUAACAUUUCUAUAGAAAAUAUUGCAUGUCAAUGACAUUUGCUCAUCUUUAGAAAGAAAACAUAGUUACGUUAUGUAUCCAAGAGAUAGGAAAAUUUGGAAUAUAAAGCAAAAUUUUAUAUAUCGGGUGGCCCAAAAAACGAGUAGUCUGUUUAAGCGGAAUAGAAAAGUAUUGUACCUAUAUCAAUAACGUUUGACAUGUGGUGCAAUAUGGAUGCUUGACUACUUAAUUCCAAAUGGUAAGUCCAUCGCUCAAAGAGUGUUAACAUAGUACAAGUUUUAAAAAACAAUGUCAAUUUAUCUUUUGCCGGACUGAAAAGUCACAUCACAGUCACCUCAGUUUACAAAAACAAGUGAUCAGUGUGUCACCCGUUUUGCACCGAGUGCUGUUUUCACCCAGAAAUUGAAUUUCAUCCGACCACCCUCCCAAUGUGACCCUCCCACAUUCUCCCUAUCGCCUCCGGCGUCACAGAUUGUCAACAUUUUAUAUAAUUUAAUUUGCGGACCCCCGUGAAAAGAUAAUUUGGUAUCCUUUUUUUUUAACACUAUUUGACAGGUGAGCCGGCAAUUUAGAGUGAAGUUGUCAACCAUCCAUAUUGUACUACAUGCGAAAUGUGAAUGAUAUAAUGUACAGCACUUUUUGAAUUACGCUGCAGUUUAAAUAGUGUAUUCGUUUCUUCUGGGCCACCCGAUAUUUCGAUUUUAAUAUUUACUAAGUUUCUUAAAACAAACAUAUUUACAGAUCCUUUCCACUUAUUUAUUCUUAUAUUUUGUCAUUUAAAUAUUAUUAAAAUUAUGACGAUUUUUUUUUAAUCUC